AUGUAUGAGUCCAAUCUGCUACUAAAGGUUACGAUAUCAGGUAAUACUGUGUAUGCGAUGGGUAUGGUAACCUCGGAAAAUCUUUAUAACCCGCUCCGACGUGUCGUUGUGGAGACCAUGUCCUUGGCACGGGUAAUCUUCUGUUUGUUAUCCACCGACAUCAUGGCGUUUGGGGAUUUCAAUUCGAUAUGUGAGAAAACGCCGGUGCCCUUAUGCCUUUUGGUGGGCCCGGCGUCUUCAAUAUCAGGGGCCACUGGUAUCGUGUCCAAUUGUUACGCAAGGAACAUCGAAGUCGCCAACACUAUGAUCUUUCAGGGCGCCGCUUCUUUCAUGCACAUCAUCGCACUCGGGAUGACGGUGAUUAUGAUCUUACAUAUUCGAUCCAAAUUCACUGCUGUUGGGCGGAAGGAAAUCAUUACCUUCUUCUAUCUCUAUAUGGCUCUAACGAUUUUCUCCUUGAUUGUUGAUGCCGGUGUGGUUCCACCACGGAGUGGUCCAUUCCCUUACUUUGUGGCAAUCCAGAAUGGCUUGAUUUCGGCCCUGUGCUCUUGUCUGCUGGUCAAUGGUUUCGUGGGAUUUCAACUAUACGAAGAUGGCACAGCGUUGUCCGUUUGGCUGAUCCGAGUGCCCUCGGCCAUCAUGUUUGCCAUGACCUUCGUCAUAUCCCUUCUCACCUUCAAGUCUUGGGGUGGCUUAGGACCUGAAAACACUGUUGGCAUGUUCGUCGUGCUCUAUCUCUUCAACGCCAUCUGUAUUGCCAUUUACAUUGCUAUGUCGCUGCUGCUGGUAGCUAAUACGCUCAAUGAGCGUUGGCCUCUCGGUCAUAUUUGCUUUGGUGUGGCGGUCUUCAUCAUCGGUCAGGUACUCUUGUAUGCCUUCAGUGAUCUGAUCUGCAACAAUGUCCAGCAUUAUAUGGAUGGCCUAUUUUUUGCGACCUUCUGUAACUUGCUAUCCGUGAUGAUGGUAUACAAGUUUUGGGAUUCGAUCACCACAGAAGAUCUGGAGUUUUCUGUCGGCGUCAAACCGAACACCUGGGAGGUCAAAGACCUAUCGGAAGCAGACCGGCGUCGGUCCGUUUACUAG